UUUACAUGUUUUACAUCUCUUACAGCUUUCCACUGUCCAUAGUAGAUUAACAAUCAUCUAACUCUACAACAUGGCGGCAAGAUUUCCUGAAGGAAACCAAGUUCAGCUCCGCCCUAGAAAAGGUCAUGACAUGACAUGGUCAUGUGACAAGCAUGGUGAGCCAAUCAAAUUGUACUGUGUACAACAUAACAUUUCUAUUUGUCAUGUAUGUGCUACUAAAAAUCACCAAAAACCAUGUAAGCUAGACGACAUUGAGGACGUUAUCUUCCAGAGGAGGGAGAAUUUGGAUGACAAAAAACCAAAGAUAGAAGAAACGAAGAAACAACUGAAAACUCUGGUCUCCAAAAUAGAUACCGUUAAAACCUCUGCUAGUAGGAGCAUUGACGCAGUCGAGGACCAAGUGAAGAUGACAUUCGAAGACAAGUUAAAAAGUGUUAGGGACAAAAAAGUAAGAAUGGUUCAAGAGAUUAACGAGGAGGCAGAUAAAGAAAUUAGAAUGAUUAAUGAAAGAAGGAACAAACAGAUCGAGGAUUGCAACAGUGAAAUAGAAAAGGAAGAACAAAUCAUCAAAGACAAAGAGGCUAAAUUGUUAUCAGAUACAAAGACAAUCGGUGAGGUAGUUACUAAGAAGACAAAUAAUCUCUCUUGUAAAUAUCAGCAUGUUAAAAACACUAUUAAAAAUAUUGAAUCAACCAUCACACGUAUAAACCAACAUGAUGAAACAUUGGUGAAUGAAGCUCCUCAAGUACUUGCAUCUACUGAAGACAAUUUAAGUUUGAAUGUCCAUCAGAAUGUUAGCGGCUGUCUUCACCGAAUACAGAGUGAAGCUGAGAGAGUGAAGUUUGUAGAGGGGAAAGUAGGUGGAGAAUACUAUGGUAGAAUUGAUGGGUAUAUCGGUAAAUGGGAACUUGUCAAGUCAAUCAACAUUCCAUCGGUUGUCAAUGACCCGCGGAUGCGCGGUUUAGUCAGUGAGGAUGAGAUGUGUGUGCAAAACGCAAUUAACGAUGACGUGUAUGUUACAAACAUCAACACUCAACUCACGGAGAAAGUCAUUGUUGGAGGUGUGUGGAUUACAUCAUGUGCACCGAUAGACAGUAACGUGAUAGUGUGUGGUAAGGAGAGAUAUGGAGUUUGCACGGAUGACAGGUUGGAUAGAUGCAUAACUCUCUAUGACAGACAAUGGAAGGUGAUUAGAGACAUCACCAUACCAAGAAAUGGAGACGGUAUUACUGUGUAUGUUGAUGUUGACAGUAAUGGGAUGAUCAUCGGUGCUCAGUUCGAUCAGUCUGAUAUCUACGUCAUCAAUACUGCUAAUGAUAAGAUAGUCAAUACUAUUACGAUGCAGGGUAAGAAGGUGAGGGGUGUGAUACAAGCCUUGUCAUCAGGUGAUAUCGUUGUGAAGACAAGUUAUGAUGAAUACACUGUCAUCUCACGAUCAGGAAAAGAGAAGGCUGUCAUACAAUGUGAUGAGUGGGAAUGUUCACAGUGUCACGUUGACAAACUGACAGACACACUUUACAUCGCGUACUGGGAUGAAGCACGUAAUACCAACUCAGUUGAUCAGGUGUCACGUGAUGGUAUCAUCCAGGCAAGGGGGAUCGUGGAUUACGCGCAAUCAGACCCCCUCUCCACGUUCACUUGUCAUGUUUCUCCUUCUGGUAACAUUGUGGGAUGUGAUGGAGACAAACUUCUUCUCUACAAGAAGACAUUCAUCUUGUAAAUCAUCUAGACUAUCAAAGGACUGAUAUCGGAUUUGGAAGAGAAAUAUAGACCAUAGACUUGUUUUCAAGUUUACUUCCAUUUCAAUCUGCAUCCUUCUAGCUCUAUAUGUACGUGACUACAUUCAAACACGCAUGGUCACGGUGUGUAAUGUUGUAUCACUCCAUAUCAAGUACAAAGCUGUCGCUAAUAUUCAUCUGUCUAGAUUAGGUCUGUAAUGAAUAUCUUCAGAUUCCAAUGAAUAGUUUACUCAUAACCCAAACAAAAUAGAUACACAUGGCAUGUGUUAACAAAUUGCCUACUUGAACCAGAUUGUUAUUGUAGAAAGUUUUUUAGAAAUCUUAUAGAAUGGUUGAAUUCAGUGUUGAAAGUGUUAAUAACUGACUUAUGUGAACUGAACCCAAUCAUUUCCUAUAAGAAAUUUCGUUCAAUUUCAUUCAAUGUUAUUCUCCUAAUAGUGAUCGGGUUAUUCCUCGAUUGAAAUUGCACUCGACUUUUAAUGUAUUUUAUUCAAAUCAUAUAAAAAAAUACCCCAUUUCGCCAAGAAACUGACUAUGAUAGCAACUCUUGCUGGAAUGUCAACUACCAUGACAACAAUGACGAUUCUUCUUCCUGGUUGGCUCUUCCAAUGAAAUUUGACAUUCCAACUAGAGUUGUUAUCAUAGCCAGUUCUUAACAAAUGGGGUACUGGUUGAUUUCAUUUUUUAUUUGGUAGUAAUAAAAACGGGAAGGGUAACAAAAAAUCUCGUAAAUAUUGGUUUUCAAUAGAAUUCUUGCUUAGUCUGCAUUCAUAUAACAAUGGAUGAAAAUAAAGAGAAAUGGAUAAUGAUACCCCUAUAAUUCUUAAUUCACCAACUGAAUAUUCUCUUAUCAUGUGUCAUCUGUUAAAUUCAUCUUAAUGUGAUUCAACAUAUCUUAUUCAUGAAAAUAUUACGUCACAUUACUCAUGUUACUUAUUUCAGUCAGUUAAUUAAUUUGUCUUCGUUUUUACAUCUUUUACUUUAUCCUCAUAUCGGCUUAUUAUUUUCAACAUAGACUACUGAUAUAAUUGUUUCCCCACAUGACUUAUAUCAUCUUUAACAUUGGCUACCUUACGAGGGAAUCUAAAAUAGUAAAUAUUUGGAAUCGAAACACAUUUCUUUAGUUAUUUACAUCGACAGAACGUUGGUUCUACUCUUCCUAUUUGUGAUUAUAUUGAUUUGUUUAUGUAUUGAUUGUUUCGUAUUGUUCAUAUACUAUUGCAUGUUGUGUAUUUUUUAAUGGAUGUGAAUAAAGUGAAUUGACUGUAAUGAGGUGUUGGCGCCAUCUACGUUCAGUAAUGUUUAUCAACAUCAUGAAAUUAUGUCAAAUUUCAUUGUAAAUAAAAACAUCCGAUAGUUGAUCGUACCGCGCUGUAAAUAAAUAAAACAGGUAUAUCAGAGAGAAUAAGAUCAUUUGUCAAAUAACUGCCCAUAAUAGAGCUUUAGUUCGUGGUUUCAUGUUAAUAUAAUAUUCAAUUCAAUUCAUUUGUUUAUUUCGUUUCCAUUUUAUAUUGUGUUUAGUGUGUAAACAUGAAGUCUAUUCCAGAGGCGUUAGCUAAUUUGAAUAUUUUAAAGAUGAAAAUGGUUGUAUUCUUCUGAUCAAAAUUGAUUCACAUUUUGGUUAUCUUUGUACAUCUCCCGCCCCCUCUGUCUCUCUGUUUAACUCCUAAAUUAGUCCCUUUACCGCAUAAAAUGAUACCUGUAUCCAUGUUGCUACAAUACGUAGUAUAUAAAUCGUUAUUGUCUAAGGCGUGUUGCUUUAAGGUAGGAGUAUAUCCUUUAUCGAACCAAUCGAAUUUAUUCUUACAAUAAUCAACUUUGUAAAGGUUGAGUUUAGACAGGAUUUAUGCAUUAUAUCAACUAUCAAUUCAAUUGCUCGUCACUGUCUAUAUAGUAUAGGUUAUUUAAAAUUCAUUCCUAAAAUGGCAUUGGAGAGAGUGCUAUAUAUUAACAUUUUCUUCUGGCAAUAUGUCAGAUCUAGCGACUUUUCUUGAUUUUGAUUGCCUGGGGAGCACUGUUACUAUGGGAGCUGUUGAACGAAACGCUUGACAAUCCCAUUUUUUUUUGCUCAAUAUUUGUUGUUUAAUAUAUAGAGCUGAUUACAAUUCGCUUCAUAAAAUUAGGGAAACUAUUGUACGUAACAUGUAUAUCGAACAUUAUUAUGAUUUAAAAAAAAUAAGAUGAUAUCUAUUAUUUCCAAGUAUAUAUAUUAGAUGUUAGAUGAGUACAAAGUAUGCGUUUGCUUUUGAUAUAAUAUAUUUUCAUUAUACUUUGUUGUGAAUUGCUAACACUGUUGAAUAUAAAGUAAGCCCAUGUUUGUUGAUGUAUGGGCUUUUAUCAAGA